AUGGCUUGCCCCAUCAGCGUCAGCAAGUUUGUUGGCACUGUCUCUCUCGGUCUUCUUACCGGGCUCUCUUACUCGACAUCAGCCAUCACCAUCCCAGCUCUACAGCUCCUCCCAACAGCGACAACUGCCGCCCGCUCCCUGAACGAAGUGAAGCGCCUAGCUCGCCGAAAUGCCCUACGCCUAUCCUUCCUGACCAAUACCUGCUUCUGUUUUGCAUGGUGCCUCUCAUCCCCGCGCCGCCGACACCCAUACAUGAUCUGGCUGUGCGCAGUCUCUACGAUCAGUGCCCACGGUGUUGAUUUCUGGUUCAACCGUCAUCUCGGCUUCAAGAAUUGGGUAUCGGCUGUGAUUCGCGACGUUUCCCACUUUUCCCUGGUCCGGGACUCGAACACAAAUAAGGAUGAAGACCUUGUCGUUGUUGAGUCCCAAGGUGAUGUGAAUGGCGAAACCAUUCAACACGAGAUGGACCGGGAGCGCCGGCUCCACCGAGCGCGUACCUGGUUGUCUGGUAUUGCCCUUUCGAUUGGCAUUGUUGGUCUUUGGGGUGAUAAGAGGUGA